AUCAGUGUGCCAUUUGCAACCUAAGAUUCGGACACAAUGAAAAUGGUGGAUACCCAAUCCAGGUGACCCUUGUGUACAAAACAGCCGGUGUUUCAGACGAUACCUGGUGAGGUGUGUUUACAUGGAGGGUAACCAGGCAUCCAGCCCUCCGGCUGUGGGCGUGCGAAACACCCCUCCAGUCGAGGGGGUACAAAAAGAGAACUUUCCUAUCCACACACUCAUUUCAACCAGAGACAGGUCCCCUACAAGUCCACAAAUCGCUACGAAGUUGGUCUUCUUCAAAAAAGUGGUGAGUGACUGAUAUGGCCGUCAUGGCCGUGUCCAGUCGCCACGUCAGGAAGCGGAUGGAAGCCCUCAACAAAAUGGCGGCCGGACGGGUGCAAGUUCUCCUGAAAAGCAUCGAAAAGAACAUCGAGAUCCAACAACACAAGACGCGGCGAUUCAAGGAGAAACUGCACGAAGAACUAGUAGAAAUGAAGGCGUCACAAGUCGCUUUUUCUCUGCACAACGUCGGUACAGAGGAUGGCUCGCGGGACACCACUAACUUCAACCCAGUCGAAAAGGAGAGUGUUCGCUACGCCAGACUUGUCGACAAAGAGCUAGAAACGGUAAAACUGCUUCUCAGUUCGGUCAACAUUCGCCGAAAGAAGCAGGCAAAGCUCUUAAAGAAUUGUCGAGACAGGAGCAAUAGAAUCAUCAACAGGAAAAUGACAACUAGACAAAUAUACAAGACGUAUUUUCCUCACAUUCCUAGAGAAGACACGCCGAAAGCAGAGGUAGAGGAGGAAUCAGACGACGAUGAAGGCACAAAAGUCUUCCAACCGCCCACCAUUUUGACCCUUCCCACACUGCCCCGCGGCAGACUUAUACCCAUCAUGACUCCCGAUUCUCCGCAGGUAAAGAAAGGAAAGAAAGAGAGAAGAGAAAAGGAGAAAAAAGAAAAGAAAGAGAAGAAGGAAAAGAAGAAGAAAAACAUUGAUUCAGAAGAUGAAGAUAAAAGCGUUCCGCCGACUAGAGAAUCGGACGAUGGCGGGUUUGGAUUUUUCUAAGGAUUUCUAAGAACGAAGUGGAAAGCAUUCUAGGUUUUGCAAUGGCAAAUUGUGUAUGUAAAGACUGGUCACGAAAAAGUGAUGGGGGGUGCAUAAAGAUGUAACUUUAAAUACAUGUUGAUCGAAAAAUAAAGAACGAUUUACAGCAAAAAUGCACCAAAGUAACCAUUGCAAGUAUUUUAGGUAUUUUUAUAUGAAGUUAAAGCAAAUUUCACACACACAUUGCUUAAAAAUGCUUUGGUUGUAGAUGAGGGCUGCACAAAGACCUGAGA